AUGGGAAACAUGGAUGGCAUUUGCUGCUUUGUAUCAGUCCCUAUGUCAGCGGAAUUACGUGAGCGUCUUAGUGGAUCCAAAUACGGUCUCCAUAAUGCAUUGUUCUUUGUUGAAGACUCUGUUGGUGAUGUUGACCGCGAAACCUAUAUGGCAUCCAUCCACUACGACGACAUGACCUACGCCAUAUGCGAUCAGGAGACAAUCAAUAAUAAUACCGUUAUCUUUGUCGACCGGGAAACAAAGAAUACCUUCAAGUGUACAACACAAUCGGCUGCUUUGAUUGCAGUCAAUCUAGCAUUAGGCAAUGUCGGCUUCGAAGAAUACCAAGAUGAGGCUGAUUCCAAUCAAGGGAUAGUUGACUUUCCAGAAGAGUACUUUUAA